AUGUUCACGAUCAUAACAAUGAGAGAUUAUCUCCCAAAGAUUAUUGGCUCGGAGUCAUUCCAAGAAUUCAUCGGACCCUACAGGGGAUACGAUCCGACUGUGAACCCCUCCGCCGCCAAUGUGUUUGCCACAGCUGCGUUCAGGUUCGGCCACGGUACCGUCUCCCCGAUCCUCCCGAGACUGAACGAGAGCUUCCAGGAGCACGAGCGCUUCUGCCACUUGAGAAUGCACGCUACUUUCUUCAGUCCGUGGAGAAUAGUCAACGAAGGUGGGAUUGAACCAAUCCUGAGAGGUAUGAUUGGAAGUGCAGCAUCAGUUGCUAGCUCAAAAAUGCUGGUGGCAGAGGAGGUAACAGAGAGGCUGAUCCUCAUGAAUUCAGUCGAGCGCAUGGACCUGGCUUCAAUGAACAUGCAGAGAGGACGAGAUCACGGCCUCCCAGGAUACAACGACUGGAGGAAAUUCUGCGGAUUGAGGCGCGUUAGGACAUUGAAAGAUCUCGCAGAGGUUGUGGGAGACUACAGGGUUGCUGAGAAGGUACUAAACAUAUACAAACAUGUGGACAAUAUCGAUGUUUGGCUCGGAGGACUUCUUGAAAGCUUGCUGCCCGGCGCAAGGACUGGUCCUCUCUUUGCUUGCCUUAUUGGAAAACAGAUGAAAAUGAUCCGUGAUGGUGAUAGGUUUUGGUGGAGUGCUGAGGGUAUAUUCACCCAGCAACAGAAGAAUGAGCUUUUACAAUUUUCUCUGUCUCGUCUCAUCUGUGACAACAGCGACGUCGGGGAAGUCCUCCCCGAUUCUUUCCAACGUGGGACAUACCCCUGUGAUUAUGUCUCUUGUGAUCAUAUACCAUCAAUGAAUUUGGAGGCUUGGCGAGAAAAGAGACUAGACUUGCAACAGUGUGCCUACCCAGGAACGAUAAAGAACGGGGAUUUUGUUUUGUCCACCACAUCUGGCAAACUGGUGGCUUUGUACUCCUGUUCCCAUGGUUUCAAAUUAAAAGGUAGUGCUGCGAUUGUUUGCGAGGGAGGUCGGUGGAAUGGUCAACCCCCACAAUGUACAGAUAAAGUCUGACAGCCUGAUUUAAAAUACCAAAAAAAAGG